AUGGCCGAUUUCAUGAUGCACCAAACCCCGGCACAGACGCCAUACAUGGUACAACAGCCACCAUACGUGUUACCGUCACCGCUUCAGCAGCAAUUCGGCGGAACCGUACCGCAGAUGAUGCCUUACGUACCGCUCGGGGCACCCUUCUACACCAACCACGCGCCGCCUCUUCCUACAUACAGCCAUAUUCCGAACGGGGGCACUGCACUGCAUCAGGCGACACCACCGGUCUCACACCCGCAAUUCGACCCCAUGCAGGCACAGCUCCAGCUCCCGACCUACACCGCCCUCUACCCAGUCCAAGCCACCGCCACCGCCUCAGUCUCCGACGCGCCUCGAGCCGGCCACGCAACACCACCUGCCCACCCGAUCGCCAAUCCAUCAACCCAGGAGUCGCCCGCCACACCGGAGAAAGAAGCCUUCUCCAACACGCUCCUCUCGCCCACCUCCUUCUUCUUCAACGAGCUUGUCCUCGGCUGCAGCGACGCGACCGGGCUGUGUCAGUGCGGGGAUGGGUGUACUUGUGUCGGGUGUCUGACGCAUGGGGGACAUAAUGGCGUGCCGCUUGAGCCGCCAAAUGGAGGCGAGAUUGGGGAUAUGGGGUUUACGGGAGGGCUGCCGGGGGGAUGA